AUUAUCACUAGCCGUUAUCAUUGCAACGGGUAUUAUAACCAGAGCAACGUUAACGUUAAGACAUACACAACAACAUGCCGUGUCUAAGAAUACUGACCAACGUUCCCAAAUCGAAAAUCCCGGAGGAUUUCUGCAAUAGAAUUGUUCCGGUUUUGGUGAGAACGGUCAAGAAGCAGGCUGAGAAAUUCUCAUGUGUCAUCUGUGGUGACUGCCAAGUGACAUUUGGGGGGGACUCCUCGGCGCCUGGUGCCAUCGCCACCUUCGAGUCCAUUGGCAGCGUUGGUCCAGAGGAAAACAAGGUCCUAGUCAAAGAAUUGUCCGCUUACAUGCAGAAGGAAAUUGGCGUUGCGCCUGAAAGAUUCUUCGUGUCAUGUUAUGAUAUGAAAGGCUACAACAUAGGCAAGGGAGGCAUUACUCUUGAAUACCUGGACAAAAGAUUAUAAUUUAUAACUUCUCACUUCUUCUGUAAACCAAAGAACCUAUGGAAUAAAAUCAAUUAUCAAA